CUCGCUUUCUCAAAGCAGAGAGACAACAACUAAACCAACUAGAACUUGAUUCACCUCUCAUCUCAUUAACGCACUUAAAGUUGCAUCAAUUUCAAACACAACGAAACAUAAAACCAGAGAGAGAGAGACAGAGAGAUACAGCGAGAGAGAGACAGAGAGAGAGUUGUUUAACAUCACAGUGCAGCAACAAUGGUUGCUGGUAAAGUAAAAGCAGCGAUAGGCUUAACGAAAUCUCAACCUAAUCCGCCGCCGUCUCCGUCGCCGUCGCCGAGUUCAGCCAAAGUGCAGAAGGGGACCUCAUUCUCACGCUCAUUCGGCGGCUACUUCCCGCGAUCCUCGGCGCAAGUGCAGCCUCGACCGCCGGAUGUGACGGAGCUCAUCCGGUUAGUCGAGGAGCUGCGCGAGAGAGAGUCGAGGCUCAAGACGGAGCUGCUCGAGAACAAGCUGUUAAAAGAAUCGGUGGCGAUUUUGCCGGUUUUGGAGGAGGAGAUUGCGAGAAAAGACGGCGAGAUCGAAUUAAAGAAUAAGACGAUUGAUUUUCUGGAGAGCCAGAAUGAUGAAUUACGCCGGCAAGUGGAUAACUUGCAUUGCAAGUUAUCGCAGAAAGAGGCGGAAUACGAGGAGAACAUUAAAAGUUUGGAGGAUCAGGUCUCGGCGUUGAGAAAAGCCGCACAAUUCUCCGAAGAGAUGGCAUCGUCGCAAAGAUUUCAAUCGAAAAAUUUGAAAAAAAGUGCUUCGCUUGUCGAAAAUUAUAAUUUUAGUAAAAUUGAAAACGAGGUCGAAAAGUCGAAAAAUAAAGUCACACAAAUUUCCGAAGAAAUGACGGAGAUAGUAUCCGUUACGGCGAGAUCUCGAAUCCCGAGAGUUCCGAAGCCUCCGCCGAGACCUACACUAAUAAUUCCGCAAGUUAUAAAUGUUUCUUCUGCUGCAUUGUCGCCUUCAUCGUCGAAUUCGUCUUGUUCUAGCGAGAAUUUCGUGACUGAGGAUAGUGCAUUGAGUGGAAUUUCAGUGGCUAAGCCUCGGGCACCGCCGCCGCCGCCGCCGCCACCGCGGCCUGUGGCUACUAAGUCUGCACCUGCGCCGGCACCGCCUCCGCCGCCACCACCGCCGAUGAAGGGAGCGAAGAAUGGGGCUCAGAAGGUCAGGAGAGUGCCGGAGGUUGUGGAGUUUUAUCAUUCUUUGAUGCGGAGAGACUCUCGGCGAGAUUCCGGUAAUGGGGCAGCGGCGGAAGUGGCGGCGACGGCCAAUGCGAGGGAUAUGAUUGGUGAGAUUGAGAACCGGUCCACACAUUUGCUUGCGAUUAAGACUGAUGUAGAGACACAAGGUGAUUUCAUUAGGUUCUUGAUCAAAGAAGUUGAGAAUGCUGCUUUUACUGAUAUUCAAGAUGUUGUGCCUUUUGUGAAAUGGCUUGAUGAUGAGCUAUCUUACUUGGUUGAUGAGAGAGCAGUGCUUAAGCAUUUUGAAUGGCCGGAGCAGAAAGCUGAUACGCUUAGAGAAGCAGCAUUUGGGUUUUCUGAUCUCAAGAAGCUGGAAUCUGAGGUGUCCUCUUUUAGAGACGAUCCUCGACAACAUUGUGCUCCAGCCCUUAAGAAAAUGCAAGCCUUGUUUGAAAAGUUGGAACAUGGAGUCUACAAUCUGUCGAGAAUGAGAGAAUCAGCUGCUAAUCGAUAUAAAGGAUUUCAAAUUCCAAUGGACUGGAUGAUGGACACUGGUUAUGUCACUCAGAUUAAGCUAGCAUCUGUGAAAUUAGCCAUGAAGUACAUGAGGAGAGUGUCUGCAGAGCUGGAAAAUGUUGAUGGUGGCCCUGAAGAAGAAGAAUUGAUCGUUCAAGGCGUAAGGUUUGCCUUCCGCGUACAUCAGUUUGCGGGUGGUUUUGAUGCAGAAACAAUGAGGGCCUUCGAGGAGCUGAGGGAUAAAGCUAGAUCAUGCCAUAUACAGUGCCAAAGCCAACAACAGCAAAAAUAUAUAUGUAGGUCUACAGCUUGCUAAAGGAUCUGCAGCAAACUCAGCUUCAGUUGCCACCACAUUUUGUUGUAAAGAUAGACAUAUUUAAUAAAUUUCUAAAACAUAAUAAUAGCUGCCAUUAUAGGCGUUUUUAUUUCCUGAAUCAGUAGAUUAACAAUGAAUGGGAGGGAUGCACCUAAAUUCUUACUGAAACAUAUUAUUAGGGUUUAAUCCUUUGAAACUUAUGAUCCGCAUGCUUGAA